CCGAUUUUGUCAAAACAAAAAUUAUGCAUUUAAAUUUAAAUUCAUUCUCAAUAAAAAAAAUGAUUUUAUUCUAUUCUUAUUUCUAUAUAUUUUUUCAUUCUUAUUCUUGUGUUUUUAUUCCUCCCUUUAUUUAUUUAUUUACUUUUUAUGCAGGUGAAGUUUCUUGGCAAGAUUAGACACCCUCAUUUGCUUGGUAUGAUGGGCUUUUGCCUAGAGCCCAAAUGCAUUGUUUUCGAAUACAUGCACAAUGGUUCUUUGAAGGACACUAUAUUCUCAUCUUCUUCGUGUGGAGCAAUUAGGGCUCUCUCAUGGCACACUCGGAUCCAUGUUGCAGCACAGAUUUGCUCUGGCCUCUCCUAUCUCCACCUGGCCAAGCCCAUACCCAUUGUCCAUUCCCAACUCACAAUCUCCAACAUUUUUCUCGACCGCAACCUUGUUGCCAAGAUUGAUGGAUUUGGGCUUUCACAAGCCCAUCAUGAAUCCCACGUUGUAUCCGAUGUGCAGGCCUUUGGGCUUUUGCUUAUUCAGCUGUUGACUGGUAGGAAUUGGGCUGGGCUUGUGGACGAAGCUAUGCUUGUUGAUAAGGCUGCCCUUGUCCAGGUCUUGGAUAAGACAGGUGGAGCGUGGCCAUUGGAUAUUGUGGAGAGACUUGCCUUGUUGGCAUUUAGAUGUUUGGGCCCCACAAAGUUGAAGGUGGAAGUGGUGAUGGAAGAGCUUGAAGAGUUGAAGAAAAAGUGUGUUGAAUUAGUUGAUAGAAGAAGAGGUGAGAUUAGCAGUACUGAUGGAGGAGAAGGACAUGAGUCUUGUGAAAUACCAUGUGUGUUCCUUUGCCCUAUAUACAAGGAUGUGAUGAGAAAUCCACAUGUAGCGGCAGAUGGUUUUUCAUAUGAAAAGGAAGCUAUUGAAGCUUGGAUGAGAAUGGGAAAGGAUACUUCACCCAUGACAAACUUAAAGCUCAAACACAACUUCCUCAUACCUAAUAACUAUCUCCACUCUCUCAUUACAGAUUGGCACAUUAAAAGAUCCAUUCCACCACCUUAAUUAAAUAUUAUUUAUCAAUUAAUUACUACUAUAUAAUGACAAACACAUAGUUCACCAUGCAUAUGUAUUACUAUACUAUUAGCUUGUAUUUAUUGAGUGGAAACAAAGCUCUCUUACAUAAUCUACUAUUGUUUGUUGAUUUCCCUUUAUAUGCACAUAUACAUAUCUUUCAAAGAAUUAUCAUCCCAAAUCUUAAACUAAUAAAUAAAAUAAACUCAGUUUAGAAAAAGACAAAAAAUAAUUCUAAACCGCC